AGCUCCUUUCCUGGGGAACUGUCACAGCUCGGCUCCUGCCCUACGGACCAUCUCCCCGUCUGAACCCAGAGGAAUCUCCAGAAGCUCAAACCACUCAGGAUGUCCAGGGAGCAGCAGGCGGUGGCUUGUGCCAGGAAGGCCUUCGAAACAGGCAGGUCCAAAUCUCUAGAGCACCGCAUCCGCCAGCUGAAGAACCUCCAGCGGUUAUUCACAGAGAGACAGCAGGAGAUUGCAGAUGCCUCCAAGAAAGAUCUCAAUAAGAGUGAGGCGGGGACGCAGCUGUUUGAGACCGUGGGUCUGGAAGGGGAGAUCAACCUGGCCAUCAGGAAGCUGAAGGAGUGGACAGCCCCUCGCAAAGUGGAGAAGAACCUGUUGAUCAUCUCCGACACCGUCUACAUCAAGCCGGAGCCGCUGGGAGUGGUGCUGAUCAUCGGGGCCUGGAACUACCCGUGGGCUGUCACCAUCCAACCACUCAUUGGAGCCAUUGCUGCUGGAAAUGCAGUCGUCAUUAAGCCCUCUGAGGUCUGUGUUCACACCGCAAAGCUCAUGGAGGACCUGCUGCCACUUUACAUCGACAAAGAGCUGUACCCGGUCGUAUCGGGAGGAGUGCCAGAAACCCAGGAGCUGCUGCGCCAGCGCUUCGAUCACAUUUUCUACACCGGAAACUGUAUGGUGGGCAAACUGAUCAUGGAGGCCGCCGCCAAACACCUGACCCCUGUGACCCUGGAGCUCGGUGGAAAGAGCCCCUGCUACAUCGCCAAGGAUUGUGACAUCAGCAUCGCCUGCCGGCGUGUCACCUGGGGAAAGUACACGAACUGUGGUCAGACCUGCAUCGCCCCGGACUACAUCCUUUGUGAGCCGAGCAUCCAGGACCGGGUCAUCGAAGAGGUCAAGAAGUGCAUCAAGGAAUUUUACACAGAAAACCCAAAGACCUGCCCCGACUAUGGACGCAUCAUCAACCAGCGCCACUUCAAGAGGAUAAUGGCCAUGGUGGACGACAGCACCGUGGCUGAAGGAGGAGACAACGACGAGUCCGACUGCUACAUCGCCCCCACAGUUUUGCGUGACGUGAAGCCAGAGGCGAAGGUGAUGCAGGAGGAGAUAUUUGGACCUCUGCUUCCCAUCUUGCCCGUCAGCGGCCUGGAUGAAGCCAUCAAGUUUAUCAAUAAGGGAGAGAAACCCCUGGCCCUCUACGUCUUCACAGCCGAUGACAAGGUGAUACAACGAAUGGUGGAUGAGACGUCCAGUGGAGGACUGCUGGCCAACGACUGCAUCGUUCACUUUUCCGUCAGCUCUCUGCCUUUUGGAGGAGUGGGGAACAGUGGUAUGGGCUGCUAUCACGGCAAGUUCAGCUUCGACCAGAUGAGCCACCUGCGUGGUUGUCUCAUCAAACAGCUGAAGAUGGAGGGGAUGAACAGCAUGCGCUAUCCACCUCACACGCAGGAGAAGCUCGGCUGGGUGCGCUUCUUCCUUCUGAAGAAUCUAGACCUGGGCCAUAUGGGGAAGAUGGCGCUCUUGGCCGCUCUGGUUGUGAUGGCUGCUGUUUUGGUCAAGAUUUAUCUUCUUUGAAGACAUCCUGUCGGUGUCCUGAUGACAAAUCAGUUGUUUCCGUUGACCCCCGUGGACCAGAGAGAAGUUUCUGCAUAAAUCAAAUCAGAUCUGUAACAAAUUUGAGAAUAUUUUGGGUGUUGCCCUAAUAUGUAUUUCACAUUUCAGGACCAGAAGUGUCAUGUAAAUCACUGUGGAGAGAAGCUAAUACUUUCAGGAAGGGGAUUGUUUUUAACCACCUUAGGCUCUUAAAUCCCUGCUCAGAAUCACUGUGUUAUAUUUCAACCUGUCAGAUCAGGUUUGGAUACUUAUGUUAGGUAAAUAUUCUUUAUUGAUAUUAUACCUAAUGCGGAGAUAUGCUCAAGCGAAACAGCCUGAAGCUAAAGAAAAUCUCACAGUCUGAUUUCAGGGUGUUGUUCCCACAUCCCUGUGCUAUGAACAGCAGCUGUAGCUUUUACUAACGACAAUAUCAAUGCUCAUCGUUUCUCAAAUCUUUAUGUUAAUGAAUGUUUAUUCUAGUGAAGGAUUUUACAUGUAGUUGUUCAUUCUGAGUCUGUUUCAUUUCAGCCGUAAGCUUGACAUUGAGCCUUGAGGCACUAGAUCCUUUCUGCCGAGUGUAGGUUUGGUUUGUGUUGUCUCUGUGUGCGUCUGUUUCACCACCGGCUUUUGAGUCGUGUCUAAACCAGACUGAAUCUUAUGAAGGACUUUUUAAUUUCAGUUUUUUUUUUAAAACACCAAAUGCCUGUAACAACUUGUUUGAAUGGUUGACAACAAUAAGUUGCUAAAUGUUUGUUUAAUCACACCAUUAAUCGUGAUAGGCUUUUAAUAAACAGUUAAAUGAAUUUACAAUUAUAUGGGAUAAAUAUUGAAAUAAAUAUAUUUCUAAUAGCA